GUUUUUCUUCCCAGGUCAACUUUCUUGACAUAAAAAUCUUACAAUAUUUCAUAUAUAUUAACUUUGAACUAAAAAUAAAGAAGUGUCCUUGAAUGGGUGAGUUUUCUGAUCAUCAUUGUGGUUGGCUUACUAGUCUUUCCACCUCUAGGGUUACCUGCCCAGGUGAGCUUACACACAUACAGUGUGUCAGUGCCGUUCUGUCCCUCCCUGCCUGCAGACAUGCGGUGCUGUCCAAGGUGCUGAUCGUCUUCAUUCCCAGAGAAUGGAUCAAGAUCUUCCGAGGACAAGACGAUUCUUAUACUGACGGGAGAACCUUUUGAAAACUUUUUCCUUUUUUUCUCCUGGAUUUUCCUCGCAAACAUGGAUCUGCUUCCCGCCCAGGAGGCCGCCAAAAUCUACCACACCAACUAUGUGCGAAACUCCAGGGCCAUCGGCGUCAUGUGGGCCGUGUUCACCAUCUGCUUCGUCAUCAUCACCGUGGUGGUCUUCAUCCAGCCCUACUGGAUCGGGGACAGCGUCAGCACCCCGCAGGCCGGCUACUUCGGCCUCUUCCACUACUGCAUCGGCAACGCGCUGACCUCGGAGCUGACAUGUAAGGGCAGCAUGCUGGACUUCAACUCCAUCCCCUCCCCGGCGUUCAGGACCGCCAUGUUCAUGGUGGGCUGCUCCAUGCUGCUGGUGGUGGGCACCAUGGUCGCCUUCAGCUUGUUCUUCUUCUGCAACGCGGGGAAUGUCUACAAGAUCUGUGCGUGGAUGCAGCUGGCCUCAGGAGUAUUAAUGGUAGUAGGUUGCUUGAUCUAUCCUGACGGCUGGGAUGCUCCUGAGGUAAAGAGGAUGUGUGGCCAGAGGACAGAUAAGUACUCGCUGGGAAACUGCACGGUGCGCUGGGCCUACAUUCUGGCCAUCAUCAGCAUCCUAGACUCCGUCCUUCUGGCUCUGCUGUCCUUCACCCUCGGUAACCGGCAGGAUCAGCUGCUGCCGGAUGACUUUGAGCUGGAUGGAGCAGAGAAUCCAUAACCUACGGACGGAUCCCAGAGUGAAGCUUCAAAUAUUUCAAGUUCAAGUCAUAAAUAUUUCUGUAUUACAACUUUUGCCUCUCAGAUGAAUAAACAGAAAGCCAUUAAAUAUUCAUAAAGAUCUGCUUUAUUGUAUGGUGUGUUGUACAACGUAUCAACGGCUCACACAAAGUCGAUGUUCUCAAAUGUGACACUGAUGUGAACUGGACUUUUCACCUUUAGGUCAGAACAGAUAACACAGAUUACUUUGAUAUGACCAGUUUGGGAACACCAUUAUUUAAACACUCAGAUCUCACCACCUGGAUCUUAAAAGAACAAAAAAAAAAAUAUUGGUGACAUUGUUCAACAGCUGACCAUACGUACAACUGAUCUCAAGCAUGUCGGCCUUACGCUUCAUUAAAACACAGCUACCCAGCUAAAUAGUUUUAGCUAAGAUAUAAGAUUUGUUAAAAACUGUACAUAAUUGUAAUAUACAUAAAGGCAAACUCUUUGGUACAGAUAUAUACAGUUUAUUUUCACUUUUCUCCUUUAGGUUGGGCUUCUAAUUUCUUUUUAAGUCAUUUAAAGUCUAUUCUAAAUUGAACUAAGUGUGUGAGAAAAACCAGCCUCCAAUAAAAAUGAUCUAAUUUCUUAUCCACAAAAUAAAGGUGCCCUAGCUAAAUAUGACCUAAUUCAUGAAAAAAGUGUCACCAAGACUCUAAAGAACCUGGCUGGAGAAAUGCAAUGGAUGUUAUGUUACAGUCAGUGUAAAAGUCAGCCCAGUGUGCAACUCCCUUUACCCACUUUACAAAUACAAAAUACAUACCUUAUAGGACUUACAUAAAAUAUUAAAAAACAAACAAAAAAAAACAGCACUUUUGAAAGGACGCAAGAAAAAAAAUGGUAAGGAGUCCUGAUGUAGGGGACUAAAGUUAGAGGCUACAUAUCCUUGAUUUGUUUGAGUUUUAGUGCAGAAUUGUAACAAACAAGGAUGAGUCACUAGCAGUACAAUGACAGCUUUGCUUGGUUGGGUGGGUCGUACAGCACAGCAGCUGGAACCAACAAACAGAAAAAAAAAA